AUGUUCCCAGGAAGUACACAGUCUUCCUCAACACUUAACUCACAUUAUUCAACUAUUUCAGACUUUCAUAUUUUUGUCCAAGAGGCUUUUUCUUUUCUGUUUUUUACCACGAUGCUUCCCGCAGCUGCAGUUUUUCGGUUCCCCUGGGAAGUAAACUCUGGAGCAGUGCAGGAAGGAGAAUCAGUGAGAGUAUUUGGCAGACUUGUCUGCUAUCAGCCUGAGGAGUCCAGGGCUACGCUGUCAGCUCAGCAUGCUUCAAAAGAGCACCACGUGGUCAUCCAGACCCUGUUUGUGGAGCCCUUUAACCCAAUAAUUGGGGCCCACUACAUAGUUCUGGGAGAGAUAGAAAAUGCUGAGGGGGUUGGAGUGAUGGUCCGUGCCCGUGUGCUGAACUGUGUUGAUGGUGUAAACAUUGCCCUUCUACAGAAAGCCAUCAAUGAGCAAAGGAGCUUCUUCAGGGAGAGGGAGCGCACACAGGGUGAUGCUACACAGCCUGCACAUGCAACCUGAUCAGGGUCUUCGUUCAUCAAAUUUCUCAGGGUGCUCAUUGAGUAUCAGGACUACAGCACUGCCUCUUAAGUUGUUUGCCAAGGUGCACUGGAGUGCUGUUGUGUGAGCUCAAGUAAACUUUAAGACUGUUUGGUUAAGUGUAAAAGACACAGAUUAACUAUCUUGUCUACCUCUGACUAUAACAGUUUUCGACACUUCAUUAGUCCUGGGGUUGCUAUUUGAUAAUUAAAGCCCCAAAUUAAUGGAUUGACAUUAGGGUUUCAUGUUUGGUCAACAAAGUAUUAAUAGCAGAUGCUUUGGGUCCAUGACUUAUGAAUAUGGUGCAUUUUUUUUAGCCAUGUCUGUUGACACAUCUGAUAAUAGUAGUUUUUCACCAUUUUAUAUGGUGGGAGUUGCCAGUCUUAAUAUUCUUGAUGUAACUUUGUGGUCUGAUAUCUUUCAAAUGCUUUAAAAAUUGUUACAAUAGAUAUGUCAUGUAUGGGUCAUGCAAUAUAGAUAAAAACCAAACUGUGGAUAUAUUCCACUCACAUUAAAAUGGCAAAGGUAUCAAAUUGUAUACAUAAGUAUAAAUGCUAAACACUCCGAUUGAGCACUUUGUACGGAUCAGACAUUGGAAAAGAUAUCCAUUAGGUUAUCUAUUAGAUACAUUUUAGCAGCUAGGUAUAUUCUGGGCUAUUACAUAGAUCAGGACUUGCACUGAAGCUCUGCUGGCAGAAUUGAUAGCAUGGAUGCUAAUAUAAGCUUAAUAUGGACUAGAGCUUAUAUGAUUCGUCUAUUAUCUGUUUAGUACAUAAACAAGGAACAAUUUUAAUAGUUGAUAAUCAUUACUGUUAUUUUUCAUGCAAAAACGUCAUACAUUUUCUGAUUCCAGCUUCGCAAAUGCAAAGAUUUGCUGCUUUUCUUUCUUUUCCUUGAUAGUAUGGUUUUGGACUGUUGGUCAGACAAAACAAGCAAUGUGAGGACGUCGAGUUGCAUUUUGGGCAAUUGUAUUGGUCAUUAUCUUCUGAUAUUUCAUAGACCAAUUGUUAGAUGAUAAUAAAAACCACUACAGCCCUA